AUGGCCUCCGACGAGUAUGGAGGCCUUCUCAAUACGACUGCCCUCCGGAAAUUGUACAAAGUCGAACGGAACGUCAUCGACCCCGCAAAAGUGCACCGCAUCAACGACUUUUCCCGGCCUCGCCCGACUAGCGAUGACCUGGUGGCCGUGCUGAAGAAUGGGCACGCUCGAUUUGCCUAUGUCGACAAGACUUCACACAAGGCCUACCUCUACGGCGAGUUCUACGGCAUGAUGUUGUCCGCGGAAUUGGUGCAAAGCGGCAACAAGGUCCGACGAUUGGUGGAUGAGACAUACCUCGUCGAGCGCGGAUUCACUGAAGGCGAGACGGUGGUACGAUACGAGAACGAGCACCCGCUCGGCGACCCGCUGGCCAUUUGCCGCGAGACGAAAAAGGGACAGCUGGGCAAGAUUAUUGCCUGCAAACGCCGUGGCGAUGUCAUCGGGCUGCCCGACCGCAGCAAGGUCGCGCACAACAUCGACCUGGGCAACGUCGAGAUGUUCGAAAUCUACAACCGCAACGCGCCGCACAACUACGUGAUGUACAAGGACUGGAUGGGCGAUAUUACUAACAUGACCACCGAGGUCACGCUACUCUACAACAAGCAGGCUUUCAUUCUACUCGACGAUUGCCGCGUGAACAUCACGAGAAGACACAACGUCGACUCGCCCGAAUGGCCAAAUGGUCCGCCACCGGCCCUUCGCUCAUCGCGCCGCACCACCGGAACCAGGCUGAUUACUGUCCGCGUUCUAAAGGUCGAGCCCGCUUCGCUGAAUGUGCGCUGGAUACACUCGCCAGUUUCCGUCGAACGGCCCGAGCGCGUGAUCCCGAAGGAGAAUUUCCAUUUGUUGACCCGCAUCAACAUGAGCACCAACUACGUGGCGUCAGCCGAUCGCGUGAUGGUGCGGCUCACCGACGCGGACCAGGCCACCACUCUUACCAACUACAAUCGCAGCAUCGACGAGGACUACCGCUGCAAAUUUGAGCCGUUACCAACAGCCCACAAGAAGCCCUCCACCUCAACGGACGGGCCGGUGUCGAAAAGCGGAAGGAUGGAUGUUGGCUUGGAAGAACACGCUACCCCAUCGGCACAAACCGCCGUCAAACUCGAGGCCAUCCCCGAACACCCCGCCGAAAUCGAGGAAAUGGACACCACCGCCUCGACGCUGCCCGAUACGCGCUCGCGUAAGUCCCGCUAUGGUGCCCGGAAAAAGCGGCGGAUGGCCGUCACCCGGGCCACGGACCCCGUGCACAAGACGAUGCGCUUCCGGCCCGCCAAGCAGGUCUUUGGCGACACGUUCAUUGGAGAGGUGCUGAUCACUCGCUCGCUGUUCGACGUCGAGUGGAUGAACGGGACGAUCGAGCGCGACAUCCCCGGCUACAACCUGGUGCCCAUGGACCCUGAUCUUGAUCAGGAGCAUCAUCUGCCCGAAGAGGUGGUCGCGAGAAAGGAGUCCCCGGAUGAAACCGAAUUCGGCAUCAUCCUAUCGACGGACCAGCAGGAGCGCUGCACCCAGGUCAAAUGGUUCAAGGAUGUCGACGGGACGCCCGUCGAGACCGGCAUCGAGACGUGCACCCUUUUCGACAUUAUGCCCCACACUCGCCUUCAAAGGCUACACGUUGGCUCCCUCGGAGUCGUGCUGGAGCACCAGUCGAACGAGCUGCGCGACAAGGUCUUCCAGGUCAAGCAGCACUUGCAGACCGGGAAAUCGAGGGUCGUCUACCUGAAUGGGGAGCACGCCGAGCUGUGGCCCAGCCAGAUGGAGCCGUUCUUCAUGGAAGAGGACAUCAUGGACAACGCCAACCCAUUCUUCGACGGCGAGGACUACGACGAGGGUACGAGUGCGACCCGCUCGUCCGGCGAGGAGAGCAGCACCGAUGGUGAUGACACGGACGAGGAGAGUGGCUGGCGGCCUGUAGAAUCUGUCGUCCCGCAGGAGCCGCUCUUCCCGGGCGCGUACGCGACGGAUCCGUCCCUUCAAGAGCUCCUCGACCAGUACCUGAGCUCGAUCCCUGAGCACGAGGCCAAGGGGCUAGUGAACUUCAAAGCAUCGCCACCCCCGUUCGUUUUCAUGAACUGCACCGGACCGUUCCCGCGCAUCCUGGCGAGUGGCGCCUACGUCAACGAGGUCGUCACCACGCCGCACAUGUACCCCGUCACCAUCGAGCACGUCAUGGAGCGGUCCAAAUUUGCCGGCUUUGCUGCCAACUUCAACGAGCCGACGCUGCUGCUCUACCUCUGUUCGUACGCCGAACUUCAGCACUACCCAAUCAUCGGCCCGCUGCGUGCCCUGUUGCGGCUCUUCGACGCCCUCCUCGCCGUCGAUCCGAUGGUCGAGCCGGGCACGCUGCAGAACAUCUUCAAGACGGACACGCUGUUCACCGAGGCGCUCCCCACGGACUUG